AGCGGACCUCAUCAAGCGCCAUCAUGUCUCAAUUCCGCGCGGCCAAGCUGGAUAUCGGAUGCUUUACGAAGAUCCGCAACAUUCGCGACCAUACGAAGCGGAAGGUCUACUCCGAGAACGAGCCAGAGCGACAAGCACUCCGAUACAUCAUCCGCAACACUACACUGCCGCAAAGAGUUCGCGCGCAAGCUCAGCUCCAAUUGUCAGAGAUGCACUGCUACACCCGCUACACACAGAUCAAGAACAGGUGUAUAAUGGGAGGCAAGGGCCGUGGUGUCUUUAGCGACUUCAGGAUGGGCAGAUACCAAUUCCGAGUUAACGCGCUCGCUGGAAACCUGCCGGGUGUCAAGAAAGCAAGUUGGUAGACCUGCUCGGAGGAGGCAUUCUUUGGAAUAUGUGUACAAUACUCGGGCAUUAGGCGGCGUACUUGCGGAAACCAUGAAUGGAAUAUGAAAUCGUAUAUUGGUCCA